GUCUGCGUCGUCGUCGUCUAUCUCUAUUCGCCGUAGUUUCCUUCUCUCUCUCUCUCUCUCUCUCUCUCUCUCUGUUUAUAACUUUUAUAUUUUUCUCUUCCCAAUAGUUUCAUCAUCGAUCACUGAAACUUCUCUUAUCUCAAGAACAGAUACUUCUUUAAAAAAAUAUUUCAACGACGAGCCUUUGAUCAUCGACGAUAUUAAAGAAAGAUCUUAUGGCGGAAGAGCAUCGAUGUCAAACACCAGAAAGCAACCGUCUCUGUGUUAACAACUGUGGCUUCCUCGGCAGCUCCGCCACCAUGAAUCUUUGUUCCAAUUGCUACGGCGAUCUCUGCCUCAAACAACAACAACAACAACAAUCCUCCUCCUCCUCCUCCAUCAACAAAUCCACCGUCGAUUCUUCUCCUCUCUCCGUUUCACCUCCGUCGUCAUCGGAAGAGAUCGCCUCCGUCUCUUCUUCUUCUUCUUCUUCUUCUCCUCAGAUCAUCAUCCCUACUCUCCUCCAAAAUCCUUCACCCAAGCUAGACAUACCGGAGAAAAAACCGCCGAACCGAUGCACGACGUGUAGGAAACGGGUCGGGUUAACAGGAUUCAAUUGCCGGUGCGGUACGACGUUUUGUGGUGCUCAUAGGUACCCGGAGGUACACGGAUGCACCUACGAUUUCAAAUCGGCUGGGCGUGAGGAGAUCGCUAAAGCGAAUCCUUUGGUUAAAGCAGCUAAGCUUCAGAAGAUUUGAGAGAUGAGAUCUGAACCGUUCGUUUGCGAAUGCGUUGACUUUUCCUCCCUCCGAGUCUUUCCCCAAAAACGCGCAUUGGCUCCGCCUCCGCUCCCCUCCCCUCCUUCCUUCCUCCCGACACAAAAAAAAAAACAAAAACAAAAUUACCCGAUGGUGUUGAUUUGAUCUCAGCCGUUCGAUUGGGUUUUUUAUAUAUAUAUAUUAUUGUAUAAGAUUUUUAUGUAUUUUUAAAAAUAUUAGUAUCAAUCAAAAGGGACACGUGUCAUGUGGUUUUAGGAUGGAGACGCUUUCGCUUUCCUUAAUUUUAAUUUCUCCUUUUCUUCUCUCUCUGAAAGAAAUAAAAGAUUAUUCGCGUUGGCUU